ACUAACGAAUGACGAUAAAAAUUGUUUUUUAUUCCAUCAACUAUCUAAUACAUAAUUUAUUUAUCAAUUUUCUAAAAAAAAGCUGAUCCUGGAUGCUAACUUUCAAGACCUGGUGAUAGCCAACUAUCAACUGUGAAGUAUGAACAGUGAACACUGUGAACUAUUAAAAGGAGAGAUACGUAAAUAAACACUCACGUGUUGCCAGAAUGAUUAAAAUUAUUUACCAAACAGUUGAUCAAUAAUUAUUUUACCAUCAUCAUGAAGGUGAAGGUGUUAUCGCGUAAUCCAGAUGAAUAUUUACGAGAAACUAAGCGAGACAUUUAUAAAGUCCCCAGAAACUACGAUCCUGUGCUGCAUCCAUUCGAAGCUCCCCGGGAAUAUACACGUGCUCUAAAUGCUGUAAAGUUAGACAGAGUAUUUGCAAAACCAUUCAUUGGCAACUUAGAGGGACACAAAGAUUCUGUUACUUGUCUCAGCAAACAUCCAACAAAACUGCAAAUACUGUUGAGUGGUGCCUUUGACGGACAUGUGAAAGUAUGGAAUUUGCCACAGAGGACAUGUGAACGUUCAAUUCUGGCUCAUGAUGGAAAUGUCAGGGGAAUUGCGUAUUCACCUGAUGGUGAGCAUUUUAUUACUAUUGGUGAUGAUAAAACAAUAAAAACAUGGAAAUCAGAAAAGCCAGAUGAUGAGGAUGAAGAAGAUUUACCCAUCAAAACGAUAAUUAGCAAGACUAUAGUUACAGGAAUAACACAUCAUCGGCUUGCUCCAAUGUUUGCCACAUGUGGAGAAGUGUGCGAAAUUUGGGAUGAGGCUACUAGUGCACCUAUAAAAACUUACAAAUGGGGUGUUGAUAGUUUACAUGACAUUAAAUUCAAUCCUGUACAAUCAAAUUUACUAGCUUCUUGUGCCAGUGAUAGAAGUAUUAUUCUUUAUGACACAAGAGGAGUUGGACCUUUGAGAAGAGUAAAAAUGAAGUUAAGAAGUAACAAAUUAUCUUGGAAUCCUAUGGAAGCAUUUAUAUUCACUUGUGCCAAUGAAGAUUACAACUUAUAUACGUUUGAUACUCGUCAAUUGAAGACUCCGGUUAAUGUUCACAUGGACCACACAGAGGCUGUAAUCGACGUAGACUACAGUCCAACUGGUAAAGAAUUUGUAGCUGGAAGUUAUGACAAAACCAUUCGACUGUUUGAAGUUAACAAAGGUCACUCCAAAGAAAUUUACCAUACAAAACGUAUGCAAAGAUUAACGUGUGUUGCAUGGUCACUCGACAAUAAAUAUAUAAUAAGUGGUAGUGACGAAAUGAACAUUCGAGUUUGGAAAGCAAGAGCAUCAGAAAAAUUAGGAGUUUUGAAACCACGAGAACGAGCUGCACUGAACUAUAGUGAAGCACUGAAAGAGAAAUUCGCAAGUCAUCCGCAAGUUCGACGUAUUGCACGACACAGACAAGUUCCAAAGCAUGUUUACAACGCGCAGAGCGAACUACGUACUGCACGCGAGAAGAUAAAACGAAAGGAAUCCAACCGACGUAUACAUUCGAAGAAAGGGGCCGAGCCUUUCGUUGCCGAGAGGAAGAGGCACGUCAUUUCGGAGGAGUAACAAUAUUUUUCCAUUUAUAGUCGUCAUGGUUAUUUGUAAAUUAUAAAUAUAAUA